UUCAUGUUCGGUUCGUUCUGUGGCACUUAGAUUUGUUUUGUGAAGAGAUUUUCUGAUUCAUUUUAAAAAGUGCAAUUCUGGUGGAAAUUUAUUUUGCCUAUUGAGGCGAACUCAGUGCACGAAGCAGAUUAGUCACGCGGUCGUCGAAAGAACCAGAAAAUAAGGAAUCGAAUAUUUGUAAAUGUUCUAUUGAAGAAAGAAUUCUUCAAUCCAUUUCCAAAGCGCUCUUUGCGUUCUUGCUAUUGCUUGAAUUCGCAUUCCUUGAACAAACGUAUUGUCGGCACUUGAAGUUUUUCGAAAGGACUGCUUAAUUUUUCCAAAGCGCGUUUCGGGUUGCAUCUUCUGCUGCUUUUUGAAUGAGCAUUCGUUGAACGAAACAGAUUGUCACUUGAGGAUUUGGGGAAAAACGGAUGAUGUCCAACGAGGCAACCGGCAUCAGUGACGAAGCGAGCAGCAUAUCGAACAGCAACACUCCUGGGGGCAGCAGCAACGCGGCGACGAACAAAAAACUGCACACUCAAGCGAACAAAGCAUUCGCACUUCUUGCGAGCGAGUGCGGUUUUAAAGUAGAAACUACCGAGGACCAUUUGAAACGUUUACAAAAUCUGCGCAAAGAAAUCAAUUAUAUUAACGAGACCGAUUGGAUGUACGAGAGUUUGGACAAGAAGCCGCAGCAAUAAAAUGUUAACUUUUGUUCGCAAUUUUCUCCAAAGUCCUGAACAGCAGCGCGAGCUUAAACAGGAGCUUCUGGAGAAGGAGACACAGUUUCUGGACCAUGAAGUAUUGACGGAAGAGCUGGAAACUGAAGCAUUAGUUUCCUGCAUGAAGGACAUCAUCAUAAAUACGGUCGAAGGCGAAGUGGCAGAUAAUCUCAACACUGGCGUUGGCGUUAACAAAGUUCCAGGCGCCUUAUGUACAUCCCAAAAAGGCGUCAUCACCAAAAUCUCUUCAAACAGCGGCGUCAUUGACGAUUUUACUUGCUUCGAUGCGCAGGCCGCUGGAACGAUAUUUGCGGAUCUGCAUCCCGGUUGUGUUGUGGAAUAUUUGUCCUACCAAAAUGAUAAGACCAACUACAAGAAGGUGGUCAAAAUUCAAAAUGUAGUGGAGGACAACUGGGAUUUGGGCACGGUGAAGAUACAAGAUGCUGUUGAGGCGCUCAGAAAGGAAAAGCGCACCAUCUUCAACACGCAGCUACGAAGUGUCCCAGGAUUAAUCACCGCACGUCUACCUUCUGCCAUUUACGUGGACACGGCCUAUAACAAACAGGAGGUGGACUUGGACUCUGUUGAGCUUACAUUCAUACCCAAGGAGGGUGAUCGUGUUAUCCUGGAAUGUAACGUACAGCUGGAUACAUCCUAUGCGGACCAAGCAGGCGAAAUUCUGCAAGUGUUGAAAGUUUUGCCAUCACUUAUGAAAAUUGGUGAAAAGCUAACGGUUGACAAGGUUUUUGAAAACAUAACCGUUCUCUCCGGAGAUGCCUAUAUAUUUCAGCAGGAUGUGCCCCCAGGCACGCAGUUGCAUUUGGGCGACAUUGUGAAGGCGGACCUGAUUGAGUGUGAUUACAAUGAUUUCGUACAUCGUGCCAUCAAAAUUGAGAUGCUGGAGAAGAACUUUGGCGAGAUAUGCCGGCAACCAAACACGACCAGCCUUUAUGCUGUGAACAUCGUUGGCGAAGAACGUUGCAUUCUCACUAAACUGUGGGAGAAGAAAAAUGUGACGUUGAAAAUAGAGAAUAAUUUGACGCGCACGGUUCUCCUCAAAGAAAUCGAAUUGCGAAAGGGUCCCGAUUCACUGAUCAGUGUGGUUGAGCCGCUGGGUGAAGCUAAAAUAGGUGCUGGCGGUCAAUUGUCGGUCAUAUUCGAGGUGCAGUCCAAGUUCUUUGGCGAAUCAAAGGAACUAUUUACAUUGGUGUUUGAUAAAUUUCGUGUUAAACGCUCGUUCAUCAUCAUUGUGUGCGAGUCGGAGGAGCUGGCCCAGGAGGCGGAACGUCGUUUGGUUGCCUCAGCCCAGAUGAACACCAAUGGCCGUACAGUGGCCCAACGCUCGCGUUACUAUGCCCAUCAGGUGUGGUCCAACAAGUUCGAUGUGGUGCCUGGCGAAUGCAUAGCCACCAAGCGUCGUUUUGUGCCCGUUCGGCUGGGCUUUUAUGAAGUACCCGAACAGCUGCGUCUCUUAUAUUUGACCAUAGAGCGUCGCAGAGAGAUGUUAGGGGCCAUUGAGAAACAGUAUCCGUGCUUGAAGGAGGAGCUUUGCAUGAACAACUAUGUGCAGCGCUUCAGUCUGUUUCUGCACUUGGAGGAGAUUGACUAUUUCAUUAGUUUUCGUAAUUACGAUCGCGACCGCGCUCAUUUCCAACGUGAUGGACAAUUUCUAUCGCUACAAAUUGAGAAUCUCGCAGAACGUCGUCCCUCGCUGGUCGUGGGCGAUGUUGUGCAUGCAAUCAACAUCUGGGGCGCAGUCAAGCCCAAUCCAAAGAUCUUCGAGGGCAUUGUCCACAAGGUGCUCUUCGAUCGGGUGCUGCUCAAAUUUAAUGCUGGCUUCCAUGAACAAUACAAUGGCUCGGAUUAUAGUCUGCAGUUCCAUUUCUCUCGUUUCGGCUUUCGCAAGCAACAUUUUUCGAUCUCACGCAUUAUAAGCCAUAUGGGGGAAAAGUUUCUCUUCCCCACAAAGGUUACAAAGCGCAACAAUCCCCAAUUAGAGGUCAGUCUUGUUGACGACAAGGACAUGUAUAUCUAUGACACCAAACUAGAUUGGUACAAUCCAAGCCUAAACUCUAUACAGAAACGUGCCGUUUAUAAUGUGCUGCGGGGCGAGACUGAAUGUAUGCCUUAUGUCAUCUUUGGACCACCCGGCACGGGCAAAACUGUGACUCUGGUGGAGACCAUUCUCCAGUUGGUUAAAAAUUUGCCCAGUGCCCGAUUGCUGGUGGGUGCUCCCUCAAAUAGUUCUGCGGAUUUGAUUACCAAACGUCUAAUUGAGAGCGGCGCAACGACUCCGGGCUCCUUCAUACGUCUAGUGUCCCAGAACCAGAUUGAGAAGGAUCUUAUUCCAACUGAACUGAUGCCCUAUUGUGCCACCGUUGACAUUGGCUCUAUAGGCACGGUUCAUGAUACGAUGGUCGUCACGGAGCAGGGCUUGAAGUUGCGCUGCCAAAUGAAGUUCUUGGGCAUUUAUCGCGUCACCAUCAGCACCUGCACCACAUUGGGCAACUAUUUACAAAUGGGUUUCCCUCCCGGACACUUCUCGCAUGUGCUUAUCGACGAGGCUGGCCAGUGUACCGAGCCAGAGACAAUCAUUCCAAUAGUGUUGCUGCCACGCAAUCACGGCCAAGUAGUACUUGCUGGCGAUCCCCAUCAGCUACAGGCAAUCGUUAUCAAUCGCUAUGCGGCCGAGCGUGGCUUUCAAGUGUCGUUUUUGGAGCGUCUCCUCGAGCGUCCACCAUAUCGAAAGGAUUUACAGCGCUAUCCCAAUACCUCGGGCUACAAUCCAAUUCUGCUCACCAAGCUCUUGUACAAUUAUCGUUCCCUUCCAUCCAUUAUGUCGACCUAUAGCAAAUUGUUCUACGACAAUGAACUCAUUCCAAUGGUCUCCCCUGUGGAUUCGCGUGAGGUGCGCUUGUUGGAAGUGCUGCAGUCUGUAUUCAAACCGAACAACCGUGACUUGCCACGCACACACGGAACCAUAUUCUAUGGAGUUUUGGGCGAGAAUAAGCAGGAACCUGAUUCCCCAUCGUGGUUCAAUUAUGCCGAGGCGAAUGAAGUCUUCAUUACUGCCAUAGCCCUCUACCGUUUCAAUGUACAUCCCGAUCAAAUAGGCAUCCUAACCCCAUAUAUUAAGCAGGUAAAGACGUUGCGAAAUAUGUUUAUUGCCUCCGAUGUGAAAAUGCCAAAAAUAGGGUCAGUGGAGGAGUUUCAGGGACAGGAACGCGACGUAAUGCUCAUCUCAACUGUACGUUCAACUGAAUCUAUUCUACGCCAGGAUCGCCGUCUUUGUUUGGGUUUUGUGCGCUGCAACAAACGCAUGAAUGUUGCCAUUUCCCGUGCUCGUUCUCUGAUGAUCAUCUUUGGCAAUCCACACUUGCUAUCUGUGGACGACUGCUGGCGCCAGCUCAUACUCUUCUGUGCCAAUAAUAACGCCUACUUUGGCUGUGAGAUGCCCGUAUCACUGCUAGAAAGUAACCAGAAGACAGAGGACUCCGACAAUGAGGAUACCUUCGACUGUGUGCGUUAAUAUCGAUGGAAAAAGUACCUUUUCCAAAGCCUUGAAAUCAAACCAAAUCAUUAAUGAAUGAUUUAAAAUCGUUUUUAUUUUUUUCUUUAUAUAUAUUAUUUUUUAUUAACGUUUUGAUUACGGAUUUGUACGCAUUUAAAAUGACUGAAACAAAUAUUCUUUUUUUAUAUUAACGUUUUACGAAGACAAAGCAAUCAAAAAAUUGUUAUUUUCAACUUAAACUAUUAUGUGUGAAUCAAACAAAAUAUGAUAGACUCUGCAAAUUGUAUUUUAAUGACAGCCUUAUAGAAAUGGUGGUCCCUAUGGGGCAUCCAUUUACUUGCAUAAAUAUAACUUUAAAAUCCCAAUGAACCAAACGAAUCUUAUGUAAUUAAGGCUUGAUUGAAAUAAAUAUGAUAACACCAAAAAUAA